ACAAACACCUAGCCUCCCCUCCUAAAUGGCAUCCACGAUUCCAACAACUCCAAGAUAUGGGGUCGACUGUGUCUGCGAAUGAUUACCUCGACAGCUUUCUUGAUAGCCGUUGCUCGAGCCCUCGCGAUUAUAUUUAUGCCUUCUACAACUUGUACUCCGAGGAGAUUCGGAAUAACAUCGAAGUCAACGUUAAGAAGGACCUAAUAGAGAUAGUAUGCCAAGCAGCCAAAGCUAUAACUAAGGAAACAGGAAGUUUGCGCAUCAUGACCUUUCGAGGUCGACAAUCCAGGCCCGUGGAUUUGUGGCAAUACAAAUUGCCCUCUUGGUGCCCUUUCUUUGGUGUUGAGUAUCUAAGUGAUUCUAUAUCCCCGAAACCUUGGGAAGAUCCCAUACGAUCCAGAAAGGACAAUGAGAUUGCUACAUUCUUAGAGGACGGGAAAUUAAUGGAAGUAAAAGGGUCAAUAAUGGGUCAUAUUUCCUGUAUGGUUUUCAAAACCCCGCCUGCUCUUCGGCCAUUUGAGAAUAUUGAUUUCGAUGAUGAGAGGAGAAUCAAAACCGAGUGGUAUUUUGCCCGAGAGUGCAUGUAUCUCGUCAUGUCUGUUUUGGCGGACCAAAAUGACAAUGAUGGGUUGCCCAAUAUUAGUCAAGAUGUGCCUGGUGGCGAGAUUUUUCUAGCCGUCAUUGUCGUACCCUAUAGCCUAUUGAUAGAUUGA